CUGUGCGCAUGUGCGAAGGUGUCCAAACUGACAAUGCUGGGGAGAUGAAGAUAGUGUGUAGCUGCUUCUGGGCUCAAGGAGGAGGAGAGGAAUCCACACGCCGACACGAUGAGAUCCAAGGCGAGGGCGAGAAAACUGCCCAAAAGUGACAGCGAGAUUGUAAAUAAUAUGUACGAGACCGACCCCGAUCUCCUCGCGGGCGAAAGCGCAGAGGAGGAAACAGAGGACAGUAUAAUGUCCCCCAUUCCCGUGGGACCUCCGUCACCCUUCCCCACCAGUGAGGACUUCACUCCCAAGGAGGGCUCACCUUAUGAAGCUCCCGUCUACAUUCCUGAUGACAUUCCAAUCCCACCAGAUUUUGAACUCAGAGAAUCUUCGAUCCCGGGGGCAGGGCUAGGGAUUUGGGCCAAAAAGAAGAUUGAAGUUGGGGAAAGAUUUGGACCCUAUAUGACAGGACAGAGGAGCACAUUAAAGGAAACAAACUUUGGAUGGGAGCAAGUACUGACUGAUCCUGAGGUGACCUCCCAAGAGGGCAAUAUAAAAAAGAUUGCUGACGACCUGGGCAAUGAGAAGUUCUGUGUGGAUGCUGGCCAGGCUGGGGCUGGCAGCUGGCUGAAGUACAUCCGUGUGGCCUGUUCCUGUGAUGAGCAGAACCUGGCUGUGUGCCACCUCAACGAGCAGAUCUAUUAUAAAGUUAUUAAAGAAAUUGAGCCAGGAGAAGAGCUCUUGGUGUGUUUGAAGGAAGGUGGUUAUUCCCUUGGGAACAUGGCGCCCAGCAUGGAAGAGGAGCCCUCGUUCCGCUGUGAGGACUGUGAUGAGCUCUUCCAGUCCAAGCUCGACCUGCGGCGGCACAAGAAGUUCGGCUGCAGCGCCGUCAGCUCCCUCUACGAGACCCUCAAUGACGAGAUCAAGCAGGAAGGUCUUGGAGAUGGACAGGUCUAUGAGUGCAAAGACUGUGAGAGGAUGUUCCCCAACAAAUACAGCCUGGAGCAGCACAUGGUGAUCCACACGGAGGAGAGGGAGUACAAGUGUGACCAGUGUCCCAAGGCUUUCAACUGGAAAUCCAACCUGAUUCGUCACCAAAUGUCUCACGACAGUGGGAAACGGUUUGAAUGUGAAAACUGUGUUAAGGUGUUUACGGACCCCAGCAACCUCCAGCGGCACAUCCGCUCGCAGCACGUGGGGGCUCGAGCCCACGCCUGCCCCGACUGCGGCAAGACCUUCGCCACCUCCUCGGGCCUCAAGCAGCACAAGCACAUCCACAGCACUGUCAAACCUUUCAUAUGUGAGGUCUGUCACAAAUCCUACACGCAGUUCUCCAACCUGUGCCGCCACAAGCGGAUGCACGCGGACUGCCGCACGCAGAUCAAGUGCAAGGACUGCGGGCAGAUGUUCAGCACUACCUCCUCCCUCAACAAGCACCGCCGCUUCUGCGAGGGCAAGAACCAUUACAGCCCCGGCGGCAUCUUCGCCCCCGGCCUGCCCCUGACGCCCACCUCCAUGAUGGACAAGUCCAAGCCCUCUCCCAACCUCAACCACGCCAGCCUGGGGUUUAACGAUUAUUUCCCGUCCCGCCCGCACCCCGGGGGCCUCCCGUUCUCACCUGCCCCCCCGGCCUUUCCCGCCCUCACCCCGGGAUUCCCGGGCAUUUUCCCACCCUCUCUAUACCCCAGGCCCCCCUUGUUACCGCCCACACAACUGCUCAAAAGUCCCCUCAACCACACUCCGGACGCGAAGCUCCCCAGCCCCCUCGGGAACCCGGCGCUGCCGCUGAUCUCCGCGGUGAGCAACAGCAACCAGGCCCCUUCCGGGGAGGAGAAAUGUGAAAGCAGCCUGGAAAACUCCUACCUGGAGAAGCUAAAAGCCAGGAACAGUGACAUGUCCGAUGGCAGUGACUUUGAGGAUGUCAAUACAACCACGGGCACGGACCUGGACACCACUACUGGCACGGGAUCUGACCUGGACAGUGAUGCAGAGAGCGACAGGGACAAAGCAAAAGACAAGAGCAAACAGAUGGAGACCAAGCCAGAUUUCGUCAGCAGCUCCGUGUCUGCGAGUUCCACCAACACCGCCAGCGAGAUCCCUCUCUUCUAUUCUCAGCAUUCCUUCUUUCCUCCCCCCGAGGAGCACCUGCUGCCCACCACGGGAGCAGCCAAUGACUCCAUCAAAGCCAUCGCCUCCAUCGCAGAGAAGUAUUUUGGGCCUGGCUUUAUGGGGAUGCAGGAGAAAAAGAUGGGUUCGCUCCCCUAUCAUUCCAUGUUCCCUUUUCAGUUCCUCCCCAAUUUCCCCCAUUCCCUCUACCCUUUCACGGAGCGGACCCUCAAUCACAACUUGCUGGUCAAGGCAGAACCAAAGUCACCCAGGGACCUCCACAAAGUAGGCAGCACCAGCUCGGAGUCCCCCUUCGAUCUCACCACGAAGCCAAAAGAGAUUAAGCCAAUCCUGCCGCCCCCGAAGGUGCUGCCAGCCCCGUCCUCAGGGGAGGAACAGCCACUGGAUCUGAGCAUUGGCAACCGCAUCCGAGCCAGCCAGAACGGAGGAAGAGAGCCACGGAAAAACCACAUUUAUGGGGAGAGGAAGCUGAUGGCAAGUGAAGUCUUACCCAAGAUUUCCCAGUCUCAGCUGCCUCAGCAGCCGUCCCUGCACUACGCUAAGCCAUCGCCCUUUUUCAUGGACCCCAUCUACAGCAGGGUGGAGAAGCGGAAGGUGACAGACCCUGUGGGUGCCCUAAAGGAGAAGUACCUGCGACCCUCCCCGCUGCUUUUCCACCCCCAGAUGUCAGCCAUCGAAACCAUGACGGAGAAACUGGAGAGCUUUGCAGCCAUGAAGGCAGACACUGGCACGUCCCUGCAGCCCCUUCCCCACCACCCCUUCAACUUCCGAUCGCCGCCGCCCACGUUGUCCGACCCCAUCCUGCGCAAGGGCAAGGAACGCUACACCUGCAGGUACUGUGGUAAGAUCUUCCCCCGCUCAGCGAACCUGACGCGGCACCUGCGGACACACACGGGGGAACAGCCCUACAGGUGUAAAUACUGUGACAGGUCAUUCAGCAUUUCCUCCAACCUGCAGCGGCACGUCCGGAACAUCCACAACAAGGAGAAGCCAUUCAAGUGUCACCUGUGCAACAGGUGCUUCGGGCAGCAAACCAACCUGGACAGGCACCUGAAGAAACACGAGCACGAGAACGUGCCAGUGAGCCAGCACUCUGGAGUCAUCACCAACCACCUCGGGACCAGUGCCUCUUCCCCAAACUCGGAAUCAGACAACCAUGCACUUUUAGAUGAAAAAGAGGAUUCGUAUUUCUCUGAAAUCAGAAAUUUUAUUGCAAAUAGUGAGAUGAAUCAAGCGUCAACUUUAGCAGAUAAAAGGCCAGAAAUCCAGGAUAUUGACGGCAAUUCCCAGUGUCAUGGAUUAGCAAAUGAGAAAGCAGAAGAUGUGGACGACGAAGACGAAGAACUGGAAGAGGAGGACGACGACAGCCUGACGGGGAAGUCCCAGGACGAGCCGGUGUCGCCCACGGCGGAGCCCCGAGGGGCGUUUGAGGAUGAGGAGGAUGAGGAGCCCACGUCUCUCACCAUGAGCUUCGACCACACCCGGAGGUGUAUUGAGGAGGACGAAGCCGCCCUGUUAGAUUUGGAGCAGAUGCCGAAUUUUGGGAAGGGGCUGGAUCUUCGCAAAGCAGCCGAGGAAGCAUUUGAAGUUAAAGAUGUGUUUAAUUCCACCUUAGACUCUGAGACAAUAAAACAGACUCUGUACAGGCAGGCUAAAAACCAGGCUUAUGCAAUGAUGCUGUCCCUGUCUGAGAACGCUCCCCUCCACACGUCCUCCCAGAACUCUCUGGGUGCUUGGUUGGACAUGGCAGGAGCAGCUUCAGAGUCGGGGACCUUUAACCCCAUCAACCACCUCUGAGAGGUCCUCAAGGCACUGGCCAGAGUCCAAGCGAGGCGGCAGUGGUGCUGCAGCUAUCCUUGCAAAAUCCCAGCGAGCAGAAGAUGGAUGAGAGGGCCUCAGGGAGUCGUCUGAACUUUGGGCUGAGAAGGAAACCUGUCGCAUCCGACCUACACGUCCUGCAUUUUUACCCAUCCAGAGUUUUCCUUUCUAAUUUAUCAGAAUGAACCUCUCCCAAGCUGGAUAACCCUGACGCAGCCCCAGGAUUUCACUGUCUAUAGGAACAGCAUGAGCAAGACAUGAAUUGCAACAGUGCAAUCAAAGAUUGGCCCCUCCAACCUUCCAAACCAGUGUCACUGAGCCAGUCCAGCCUGAGCAGGAACUGCAGCUCGGAACCACACGGCAGCAUUUCCUUCCCAUCCAGCUGAGCAGGGAAGUACUGAGGGAAGAGAGCCAGGGCUGGCCUGUCCCUGGUGCAAUUCUGACACAGUCACUGGAGUUAUACCAGGGAAGGGAAAUUCAUCCCAUUUCACUGACCCCCAAAAGAGAUCUGUGCUCCCACAGAAAUACCAUCCUGUCCUUUGUUCCCAACAAAACAUUGACACGGCACAAAGCUCCUCGGAGGUGAGGCCUGGAGUCAUCCUACACUCCGUGCAGGUCCCAGCUGGGACAUCUCCAGCCUGGAACGUUGCUGGGGUCGGUGUGUGGACGUGUCACACC